AAGAAGAAAAACCAUACAAGAAUAAGUGAACCAAAAAACAACAGAGAAAAAUGGAAAACAGAACUACUAGUCAGUAUGUUAACGGUGGCUAUCAAGCUUCUUCACGGUCAGAGAACACUCUUCCUGGUCCGGUUGAAGCAGCUCUAGAAGAAAUAUACAGGAAACACAAUCUUGGUCCGAUAAAUGAUGAGACUAGGAAGAGACUAUCUUUGGUUUCUGAGGAGUUAGCUUCAGAUACUCUCAGGAAAGUCUUAAACUCUGAGCAAGUGAAGACGACCCUCGAUAGAUUCAUCAACUUUUUGCUUGACCAGGCAACUAAUCAAUCUCUUGCUGCAAGACACCGUCUUCGUCUUCGAGAAGAGAUGUCUCUUGACUCUGAACCUCCUUCUCCCAAGUGUAUGAAAAGAGAAAACUAUGGAGGAUCUCAGAACAUUCCUCCUGAGAUCUUAGCUUUGGGUGAACUUGAGUUUAAGAAGGCCUUUCUGUUGCUUAGCUACAUUCCAGGGAAAUCUCUGGCUCAGGUUAUAACUGCUGAUGAGAUCAGGCAGUGGAAGGAUUUGCCUAUGGUUGCAUAUGAGGUAGCUGUGUGGGACCGCUUGGGCCGGCGUUAUUGUUCCCAGACAGACCGUAGAGUGUCACUCGAAUGGGAUAGUGGGAAGACGCAUUACUAUCAGUGUCAUGUUGCUUUUGACGGAAGUUACACACUCAAGGGCCCUCUUCUUGAACCCACUGGAACACACCUGCACAAGGUCUUGGGUGAUGAUAAUGUUUUGACGGUCAAGUUUGCAGAUGUCCCCAAAAACUCGUCAACAUAUAGUAAUGACCCUUACUCUGCAUACAAAAGGAUUGCCAAGAAUGGUAUCAGGAUUGGGUUACGCAGUUAUCAAUUUUUUGUUUCCAAAGGUGGAGGGAAAGAAGAGAAGAAGAAGAAAGACUUUUCUACAAAGGGAGUGAAAUGCUAUUUUAUACGCACAGACUCUACUUCUGCAAAUGAUAUGGGAACCCCUUACAUCUUUUCUGGCAAGUCAAUUUAUGAGGCUCGCAUGCAUUUUAUGCAUGUCCACACGUUGCCAUCUCUGGCCAAGUAUAUGGCAAGGUUUUCAUUAAUUCUUUCAAAGACUAAGAAGCUUGAAGUUGACAUGGCUGGGAUAACCUUUGAAGAAAUAGAUGAUAUACACUGCCAUGAUAAAAACAAUAAUGAUGUUCUGGAUAAGAAUGGGAAACCAUGUAUACAUUCAGAUGGCACUGGCUACAUCUCGGAGGACCUUGCUCGGAUGUGUCCAGUAAAUAUAUUUAAGGGAAAAUGCCUCAGGAGUGAUAGUGUUCAGGUGCAGGGAGCUUGUAAACAAGACCCGCCUCUUCUGAUCCAGUUCCGGAUGUUUUAUGAGGGCUAUGCUGUUAAGGGAACUUUUCUCUUGAACAAGAAACUUCCUCCUGGGACUGUCCAGGUUCGACCUUCUAUGAUCAAGGUUUAUAAAGAUCCAGACUUGUCAAAUUCUAGCACUUUUGACUCCUUGGAGGUAGUCACUACAAGUAAUCCACCAAACAGAGCAAGGCUAUCAAGAUACUUGGUUGCGCUGCUUAGCUAUGGAGGAGUUCCUGAUGACUUCUUUUUGAAUAUACUGCGCAACACAUUGAAAGAGUCAAAAACCAUCUUCAACAACAAGCGAGCUGCUCUUAAAGCUGCCCUUAAUUAUGGAGAUAUGGACGAUCACAACGCUGCACAAAUGAUUUUGGCUGGUAUCCCACUUGACGAACCACACUUGCAGGAUCAGCUCUCUAUUUUUUCAAAAACAGAGAAGAAUGAUCUCAAAGCAGGAAGGCUUCCUGUGAGUGAAUCUUACUAUCUCAUGGGUACAGUUGAUCCCACCGGAGAGUUAAAGGAAGAUGAAGUCUGUGUCAUCCUUGAGUCUGGCCAAAUUUCAGGGAAUGUGCUAGUUUACAGGAAUCCUGGACUACAUUUUGGAGACAUACAUGUACUUAAGGCUACUUAUGUCAAGGCCUUGGAGGAGUAUGUUGGAAACUCAAAGUAUGGUGUGUUCUUCCCUCAGAAAGGUCCAAGAUCUUUGGGUGAUGAGAUUGCAGGUGGUGACUUUGAUGGCGAUAUGUAUUUCAUCUCAAGAAAUCCAGAGCUACUUGAACACUUAAAACCAAGUCAUGAGCCCUGGGUGAGUUCGACUCCUCCUAAUAACAUUAACUCUGCUAAAAAGCCAAGCCAACUUUCACAAGAAGAGUUGGAAGAAGAGCUUUUUAAUAUGUACUUGAAGACAAGAUUCCAUGCUAGCAAUGUUGUAGGGAUGGCUGCUGAUAGCUGGUUAACAAAAAUGGACCAAUUCCUCACACUAGGAGAUGACAGGGCUGAGGAAAAAUCUGAAAUGAAGAAGAAAAUGUUAAAGCUCAUUGAUAUAUACUAUGAUGCUCUUGAUGCACCUAAGCAAGGUGCUGAGGUCAAUCUCCCAGUGGAGCUGAAGCCUGACAUUUUCCCUCAUUACAUGGAGCGUGAUCAGAAAUUCAUUUCCACUUCUAUUCUUGGACUAAUCUAUGACUUGGUUAAAUCACAGACAUCAGAGGAAUCAGCUGAGAUCAGUAAACUCACUUGUUUCCAAGAUGAACCGGUCUCUGAUUCUCAUAUGGAGAAAUAUGGACGGUGGUAUGAUAAUUACAGAAAGGAGAUGAGCCAGGCUAUGGGUAACAAAGAUGGAUCAGCCAGUGAAGUUAUUCAGAAAUACAAGCAGGAGUUCUAUAGUGGUGCUGCAGGGUUUGAAGACAGCAUGAAAAGUCUGGAAGAACUUUAUCCCCAAGCCUUGGCACUUUACAACAUCGUUUAUGAUCAUGCAAUCAAAAUGAAAAACGUUCGAAACUGUGGGUUUGUCUGGAAGGUUGCAGGACCAGUCCUAUGCAGGUUUUACCUUGCGAAGACCCAGGGGAAAUCCUUAGUAUGUUCACUCGCGAUGCUUAAUGAGCUUUGGGGAUGAACUUGUUAUCUGCCUUGUUCUUGUAAGAAAAUAAGCCUUUUGUUGAAAGUGCGAGUCAAGUAUCUUAUGUAAACUUUAUUUUACAUGAACCCUAAGAUCUUUAACA